AUAAAUAAAAGCCGAAUGGUUUAGGUUUCACAUUGGUUUGAUUAUGAAUCUGGCAAUUUUAGAAUGAAGUUCCUCGUUAUUCUCUUAGGUUUUGUGUGUACCGCAGCACUUGCGGCACCAAACGCGCCAAAGGUGCAUUCUUUCCGUAAGAUUAAGGAUACAGAAAUUUUGCCAUCCGAGGAGACCAGGGUAACGCGUGGUCAACGUGCUGCCAGAAACCAAUUUCCCUACCAGGUUUCUCUACAGUGGGCUGAAGAUGAUUUUUCCAUCCACUUCUGCGGUGGUAGUCUCAUUAGUGCAUCGGUGGUUCUCACGGCUGCCAGUUGUGCCGCAGAUUUCGUAGAUAAUACUAGAAACAUUUCGAUCCUUGCUGGAGCUUUAAGUCUAAACGAAAGUUCCUCUUCCAGCCAACGCCGACUUGCUAGCAGCUUUAUCGUUCACGAAAACUGGCCUGUUGUAAGUGAAACGAGCGAUUCCCCAUUUGAUAUUGCUCUAAUAAAAGUAAAUCCACCCUUUGACUUGAGCUCAUCCGUCCAACCUGUUGUACUUCCUAGUCAAGGUGCCGAUGUUUCUGGAUCCGCCGUCUAUUCAGGAUGGGGAUAUACGUCAGAUUCAGAUUACGAUUACCCAAGCAUCCUGCAAUACGCCGACGUAGACAUUAUAUCAAAUGAUCAGUGCGCUGACGUUUUGGUUAGUUUAGUUGGAAGUUCAGAACCUUUGGACGAUUCCCAAAUUUGUACUGACGGAGAGCAAAAUGUGGCCAUUUGUACCGGUGAUGUUGGUGGCCCAUUGGUUCAGAACGGCGUCCAAGUGGGUGUUCUGUCGUGGGGUCUUUCACCAUGUGGCGUCUCCAUUGCUCCAUCAGUUUCCACAAAAGUUCCUUCCUAUGUCAACUGGAUUAACGCUAAUUUAUUUUUGUCCAAAAAUGUGCUGUCUCUGUUCCUGACCAAGUUAUUGUACAACCGAUCUGUACCAAUGAUGAAGCUCGUCGUUGUUCUUUUAGGCAUUGCGUGCGUCUUAGGUCAUGGGACAGCAAAUGUAGAUUCACCAUAUCCGGCUUAUGCACGAGAUAUAGAAAUCUUGGAAUUCGACGAUACCAGAGUAACAAAAGGUCAAAAUGCUGCUAGAAACCAAUUCCCGUACCAGGUUUCCCUACGGUGGUUUAACGAUUCUGUAUUGCCCAUUCCUCUCUGUGGUGGUAGCCUCAUUUCAGCAUCGGCGGUACUCACGGCUGCCCAUUGCAUGGCUUAUGAUGACGAAGGAUCCUAUGACAUCGUCGCUGGAAUCCUGGAUCAAUCUGAAAACACCUCGACCACUCAGAGACGAAGUGUUAACAGUUACGUUCUUCCCGAUGAUUGGCCUGGCGGUAAUUUUAUAUCCCCGUACGACAUUGCUCUCUUAAAAGUAGCCUUACCCUUCAUCUUGACCUAUUCCGUCCAUCCGAUUCUACUUCCUCAGCAAGAUGCCGUUGUUUCCGGAUCUGUCAUCGUUUCUGGAUGGGGAUACACGUCAGGUUCAGGUGACGCCGAGUUCCCAAGCAUCCUGCAAUACGUCAACGUAGACAUUCUACCGAACGACAAAUGUGCUGAAGAUUUGACGACUGCAUCGGGAACUCCCGGUGCUUUGGACGAUAGCAUGAUUUGUACCACCGGUAGACAAAAUGUGGCAACUUGCGGUGGUGACUCUGGCAGUCCAUUGGUACAAAACGGUGUCCAAUAUGGGAUUGUGUCGUGGGGUAUCGGACCAUGUGGUAGCACUAUUGCGCCAUCUAUCUACACCAGAGUUUCAAACUAUACCAAUUGGAUUAAAGCUAAUUUGUAAAAAAAAUAUCUGCCACCCCUUUGGUAGUCAAUCUGUACACAAAACCUAACACUGAAUAAAAGACGCUUUACUUUCAAAUUACA